UGAAUCUUAAAAACACUCUCUGUCAAAACCAAUUUUAAAUUCAGUGAUUAUUUCUUGCAGUAUUAUAUACGUUGCAUAUUCAUAAACAUUGCAGUAUUUUAAGCUACAUAUACUGAACCCUGUUAUAAAGCACAAAGGCGUCAGGAGUGCAAGUGCAACACGUGCAUGCACAGAAAACUGUGCAUUACUGCAAAGCUCAUGAGAUAGUGGACGGACGAAACCACAACAACAUCAGCAGCGACAAAGAUUUAAGGACAGCUGUGACCUGUAUUAAUAACACAUUAUCACUGUAUCUCCAAUAUGAAGAUGUCUCUUAAGUUUGUUUUCUGCUGUUUGUACUUUACUGGUGUGUUUGGUGAUGAAGUGAAGUCUGUGUCAGUCAUUGAGGGAGGGUCUCUUACUCUACCCACUGGACUUACUAAAAUACAGACAGGUCAUCAGAUAGAGUGGAGGUUUGGACCUCGGGGGAUUCUCAUAGGUCUUAUAGAUUUAGGUAAUUAUAAGAUAAGCAUCGAUACAAACCCUGCUCAUGAUAAGAGAUUCAAAGACAUAGUGGAUUUAGACGAUGAAACCGGAACUCUCACAAUCAAACCCCUGACAACUGAACACACUGGACUUUAUCAUUUACAGAUCAUCAUUGAUGAUAUAGUCUCAGAAAAGCGAUUCAGCGUUACUGUCUAUGCUCGUCUGCCUGUUCCUGUCAUCCAAAGACACUGCCCACAAACUCCAUCACCAGAAGAAAAAUUAAGUUCAAACUGUUCAUUAUUGUGUUCAGUGUUGAAUCUAAAAGAUGUGAGAGAUGUGAGUCUGUCCUGGUACAAAGGAAACAGUUUAUUGUCCAUCAUCAGUGUGUCUGAUCUCAACAACUCUCUUCUCUGGAGGUUGAAUAUCAGGAUACAAACACUUACAGAUGUGUGGUGAACAAUCCCAUCACAAACCAAACUCAACAUCUUAAGAUCGAUGAAGUCUGUCAUCCAGGUUCAGCUUGUCUGCCCGUCCCUGUCAUCAGCAGAGUUUCUUCACAAUGUUCAUCAUCAUCAAAUUGUUCAUUAUUGUGUUCAGUGUUGAAAGUGAAAGAUGUGAGAGAUGUGAGUCUGUCCUGGUACAAAGAAAACAGUUUAUUGUCCAUCAUCAGUGUGUCUGAUCUCAACAACAGCAUCUCUCUGGAGGUUGAAUAUCAGGAUAACAACACAUACAGAUGUGUACUCAACAAUACCAUCAGGAAUCAGACUCAACAUCUCAACAUCAGUGAAGUCUGUCAGCCAUGUUCAGAUCAUGUCCACUGUUGUGGUUUCAACGAAGCUGUGAUCCGAUUGGUUGCCUCUGUUCUGGUGGGCGUGGCUACUGUUGCUCUUCUGGUUUAUGACAUCAGAUCCAGAAGAGAUGAACAGAAGAGAUCACAGACAAUGAUGAAUCUGGUCACACGCACAAGUCACUGAGGAAGUCGAUCAAACAGUAAAUCUGUAGUGAAUGUGUGUAGAUCAGAAAACAUUUGUUUAAUAAUAGUAGUGCUUACUGUUUUAAAUGCCCUUUGAAAGGGUUAAGAAAUGUUUCUAGUUUAUUUCCUAUUAUCUCAUUGUGUUAUCUAAGACGGAAGUCACUUAUCACUUUAAUCUUAACUAUUGUUUUGUAUUGUUAAAUAUACAAUUAUAAAAUCUGACUCACAUU